AUGCCUCCAAUGGAUGAUGAAAAAAAUGAAUUGGCUCAAAUCACACACCACGAACUUCCUCAAGCUUCAAUAUUAGACAAAUUGCGAUACCUCACAAGCAAACUUCGAACACUAUUCAGAAAACAGACGCAAAAGCCCUUGAAUAGGAAGAUUGUAAUUAACUCAGACCCAUUAACGUGUCAUUCAGCAAAUAUUCAUUACAAAGAUAAUGCAGUUAGAACCUCUCGCUACACAUUUUUAUCGUUUCUACCAAAACAACUUUACGCACAAUUUUCAAGGAUCGCAAAUUUAUACUUUUUAUUCGUUGCUAUCUUACAAGCUAUACCCGAGUGGUCACCAACGGGACAAUUUACUACAAUAAUUCCCUUGAGUUGCUUCCUAUUUCUAGCUAUGUCUCGUGAGGGUUAUGAUGAUUACAGAAGACAUAGACAGGAUCAAAUUGAGAAUAAUCAAGAGUGCUUGGUGUUACGCGGUGUGUGGACCAAAACGAAAUGGAAAAAUUUGAAAGUUGGAGAUUUUGUGUUGGUCAAGACUAAAGAAUGGAUUCCGGCAGACUUGUUGUUACUUCAUUCUAAAGGGGAGAAUGGGGUUUGUUACAUUGAGACGGCAGCUUUAGAUGGUGAAACAAACUUAAAACAACGACAAGCAUUGGAGGAAACAAACUCACUAUUAAGUUCUCCUGAAGCUCUCGUCACGUUCCAAGGUACGGUUGAAGCGGAAUCCCCGAAUUCGGAUUUGUACAAUUUCGAUGGGUCCAUAACAUUUUCGCAUGGUAAGGCUUUUCCAUUGACUAAAAAUCAAAUGUUGUUAAGAGGAACGAUAUUGCGUAAUACCCCGGAAGUUUACGGGAUGGUGAUAUUUACUGGAGAAGAGACCAAACUUCGUAUGAACGCAACCAAAAACAUUAGGACGAAGGCUCCCAGUAUGCAGAGAAUAUUAAAUCGCGUCAUCAUCAUGAUCUUUAGUUUUGUUAUGCUCUUGUCGAUUUUGUGCACAACAAUGUCGUUAACCUGGGAAAAGCAAGAUGUCGACAGGUGGUACAUAACAGGAUUUAAGAGGAAUCCGGCGGCUAUAUUUUUUGGCUUUGUAAUCAUUUUCAACACCAUGAUUCCAAUUUCUUUGUAUGUCACCAUGGAGAUAAUAAAGCUUGUCCAGGUUUACUUCAUAAACAAUGAUAGAAACAUGUAUCAUAAGGAAACUGACACGCCCGCCGAAGCUAGAACAUCAACGCUCAAUGAAGAAUUGGGUCAAGUGAGUCAUAUAUUUUCAGAUAAGACUGGUACUCUGACAGAAAACAUUAUGUUACUAAGAAAGUUGAGUGUUUGCGGGUUUGCAUUCCUUCAUGAUUCAGAAUCCGUUAGCAUGAUGAGUGGAGAAUUAACAUCGACUUCCACUCCAUACAUGAAUCUUCACCAUGAAAAUCUAAUUCAAAGCAGAAAGUCAUCAUACGAUAUCAACAUUGAACAGAUUGAACAAAAAAGAAGUCGUAAGACCAGCGUCAAUUUCUCGAUGAUCGCACCGGUGACUCUGAGUUGCAGAAAUUCAAUUGAUUCUUCAAGGUCCAAGGUUUUGUCAAAUCUUUCAACGAAAACUACUAUGGACUUGCUGAACAUAAUAAGGCAUCAACCAAAUACACCGUUUGGGCGAAGGGCUCGAUUUUUCCUGCUUUCCAUUGCUCUGUGUCAUACCUGCGUUGCAGAACGUGAUGCGGAGACCGGUGAGAUAAUUUAUCAAUCUUCUUCACCCGACGAGUUUGCCCUUCUGACGGCGGCCAAAGAAUUAGGAUAUGUUUUCACCAAUCGUUCGUUAGGAUCUGUCUCACUUAAAUUCAACAAUAUUCCUGAUUGUUCGGUGACGACAAAUGGUGACAGUGUUCAAAGCGGAACCUAUCAAAUCUUAAAUGUAUUGGAAUUCUCGAGCGAAAGGAAAAUGAUGUCGGUGAUUUAUCAACUUCCGGACGGUAGAAUAUGUUUGUUUUGCAAAGGUGCAGAUAUAGCCAUCUUAGAGCGCCUGAGAAGUCCACGAGAGUCAACCCAUAGGAAAUAUUUGAGUGUAGAUGUUGACGUGAACAAGGAACAUUCCGAAGACCUUUAUGAUGAAAAGUUGAUGCUGAAAAAGACCAAGAAGCACGUUCAAAAUUUUUCGACCGACGGCCUUCGAACCCUACUAUAUGCACAUCGAUAUAUCGACAAAGAAGAGUAUGAUAAGUGGAACGAACUAUUCCUAGAAGCAUCUAAUUCUGUUAUAGGAAGACGUGAAAAACUUGAGAAAGUUGCCAAACUGAUUGAAACAGAUAUGGAAAUCACAGGAGCAACAGGCAUCGAAGAUAGAUUGCAAUGUGGAGUUCCAGAGGCCAUUGGAAAUUUACGUGCGGCUGGAAUCAAAGUUUGGAUGUUGACUGGUGAUAAGCGUGAGACCGCAACGAACAUUGGUUAUUCGUGUUCGCUGAUCAAGACCAAUUCAACAAUAAUUCACGUGGAUCUCAACGUCAACUUGAAUGAAAUGUUAAAGCGAUGGCUGAAAGAUGUUAGUGAAGGCAAGGUGGAACACGUGGCGGUAAUCAUCGAUGGAGAAACUUUAAUGUCAAUUGAGAAGGAAUCCAGUUUACUUGAUACUUUCAUGGAACUCAGUGUUCUGUGCGAAACGGUGAUAUGCUGUCGUGUGAACCCUAGUCAAAAGGCACUGGUGGUACAGAGUGUGCGAAAGAAAUUAAAGGAUGGAGCGGUCACCUUGGCAAUUGGCGACGGGGCAAACGAUAUCGCAAUGAUUCAGGAGGCACAUGUCGGAAUAGGGAUCGCGGGCCGUGAGGGAUUACAGGCAGCAAGAACAAGUGACUACUCAAUAGCACAAUUUAAAUUCUUGGAAAAUCUGCUCUUUGUCCACGGUCGGUGGUCAUAUGUUCGAUUGUCAAAAUUUGUGUUGGGAACGUUUUACAAAUGCAUAUGUUUCUACCUAACCCAAGGAGCAUAUCAGAUUUUCACCGGAUUUUCGGGAUCAAGUUUAUACGAACAAUGGACCCUUGCAUUUUAUAAUACAUUAUUUUCGUCAUUACCAGUAAUGGUUGUUGGAAUGUUUGAGAAAGAUCUGAAUGAAAAAACGUUGUUGGGCAUACCAGAAUUAUAUCAGAGAGGACAAAAAAAUAUGGAAUUCAAUAUGCAAGUAUUCUUGUCGUGGAUGCUGGGAGGGCUAUAUCAUGCCUUAGUAAUAGUUUUAACGCCGGCACUGUUACAGGAACAUUUUAUGGGUAAUCUGCAAGCGGAAUCAUUGCAGUUAUUUGAACUUGGAUUGUACUCAUAUACAUGUGUGGUGCUCGUGGUAACAGUUAAAAUUGCGUAUCUGGAAUGUCACAACUGGACAAUCAUGACGCAUCUGACGUCAAUUCUGACAUUGUUGACGUGGUUUUUGUUUCAGACCGUGUAUUCUUAUGUGUACCCGAUCAACCAACCAGUUUAUUCGGUUAACGGAACAUUUCGAAACAUGGCGACUAAGCCGAAGUUUUGGAUCUUGGUUUUGUUAAUAGUUUCAAUCGCGCUACUACCAAGUUACUUAAUAGUAAUCAUUAGAAAAAUGGUUAUGCCCAGCGAAGUAGAUUUUUAUCAAGAAGUUGAAAAGGAUGAGGAACAGUUGGAGGGAUUGAUAGAAGGUGAAAUUGAUGAAAAAAAUAUUGAUGAAAAAAAUCAUGAUGAGAUGAUCAAUAAAGGAUUUGUGGUGCAUGUGUAG